AUGAAAAAACAAGAUAGUACAAAUGUUAAAAAAACCCCCAGAAAAACGAAAAUUCAAGAACUGCUUGAAAAGGGAGGAAAACUAAAUCAAGAAGAGAUUAAAGAGAUUUUUGACAGAUUUGACUAUAAUGGAAAUGGCAUCCUAUCACUUGCUGAAAUUGAUAAAGCUAUAGCUGAAACCUACCCGCUUCUUGCAAAAGAUAAGCCUGCUAUUAUGCGAGCUUACAAAGCUGCUGACGCUUCAAAGGAUGGUUUCAUUGACUCGAAUGAAUUUGGUCGCCUCCUCGAUCUUCUUUAUUACUAUAAUGAUGUAUACAAGAAGUUUAAGAAACUCGACAAAAAUAAUGACAAACGUAUCAAUUAUCAAGAGUUCAAGGAGGGACACAAGAUGAUUGGAAUAAAAGUGGCUUCAGAGAAAGACCUUAAGGCAGAAUUUGAUAAAAUCGAUGCGAACGGUGGAGGAUAUAUCCUCUUUGAUGAGUUUUGUCUUUUUGUUUCCAAGAAAAAACAGCAUGAUGAUAAGGAGGCUGAAAAAGCUGAAAAU